AUGUGGUGGUGGGCGGGCAAGGGGGCCCGGCCUUGCUGGGUGCAUUGUUGCGGCGUGCUAUUUGCGGUGCCGGUUGGCGGCGGGCGCUAUCCAGACCGGCAGAGCCGCGCAGAGCCGCGCAGAGCCGUCCAGACCCGUCCGGGGCUGUCCAUCCGGGCGGCCGGCGGCGACCUGCACCAGGGGAGGGAACGAGAGAACGAGGGAACGAUGCCUCCCGCCUGGUGCAGUGCUGCCAACCGCCAGCGACAGCCGCAGGCUGGCCCAAACCUGCCGGCGAGCCCGUCCCGGCAGACCGACACAAGGCGUGCAGCCGCAGAGUGGAUCACCACGGCGGCAGCAACAAGGGGCCCGCACGGCCGGGCAGCACCCAAUCCCGCCGUGGCGAAACAAGCGUCCGUUUCUUCCCCAGCGUGCAGUCUCCAGCGCGCGCGGCGGGAGCGGGCAGAACAGGACAGGCAGAACAGGACAGCGCAGGACAGCGUGGGCCCACCGCCGGCCAGCCCGCCCGAAGCCUGCCGAUACAUGCGCCGGCCUGCAGCACCCGCAACGACUCGGCGGGCGGAUUGCAGAGCACCGAGUGCGGCGGUGGGCCCCGCCCGCCAACUCCGUGGGCUGCGUCGCUGUGACUGUGGGCCGGCUGCUGUACAGCGCCGGUGCUGUUGCGUGCUGCCGGGUGAUUGGUCGCAUCUGCAGCUGCGUUUGACCGUCGACAUGGCCGACUGCGUGCUCUGA